AUGUCUCCACCAUCUGCCAUCCACAACGGCGCUGAAAAUAAGCCCGCCGUCACCACACACGAGCCUGGAUUGAGUGCGGCAAAGGCCAACAAGCUGGGCGGGCUUUCAAUUCCCAAGCCACCGACCUUCGAAGAUCCACAUGAUGAACGCAAAUAUCUGAAAGAAAGGCUUGCCGCAGCCUUCAGGAUCUUCGGCAAGUACGGUUUCGACGAAGGGGUUGCGGGCCAUAUCACGGUCCGAGACCCAGUCGACCCGAAAACCUUCUGGGUCAACCCGUUUGGAGUCGCCUUCUCGCUCAUCAAGGCUUCUGAUCUCAUUCAAGUGGAUGAGGAAGGCCAGAUUAUCGACGGAGGGCCGGUCAGGCUCCUCAACACGGCAGCCUUCAUGAUCCACAGCGCGAUCCAUCAAGCUCGGCCGGAUGUCAACGCUGCUGCUCACAGCCACAGCAUCUAUGGACGGAGCUUCUGUACCCUUGGCAGGCCGCUGGACAUCAUCACUCAGGAUUCCUGCGCCUUCUAUCAAGACCAUGUCGUUUACGAGUCCUUCAAUGGCAUCGUCCUCGCCGAGCAAGAGGGCAAGAACAUUGCCUCAUGCCUGGGCAACAAGAAAGCAGCACUGCUUCAAAACCAUGGCCUUCUAACCGUGGGCCAGACCAUCGAGGAGGCUGUUUUCUGGUUUGUUAGCCUGGAGAAAUGCUGCAAGGCGCAGCUCCUGGCCGAUGCUGCUGCUGCGGGCCGUGGGGGCCAGACCAUCAAGAUCAAUGAGGAAGACGCUGCGUACACGUACAAGACCGUAGGAAGCUCGAAGGCUGGCUGGUUCAGUGCGAAGCCGCUAUUCGACAUGAUCCACAAAGAGACGGGAGGGGACUAUCUCGAGUGA